AUGACAAGCAGUGGCAACUCGCAAAGGGGAAAGCAAAAGCCCGCAAUUGAUCUGUCGGAAGAAGGAGCAGGCUUUCCCAAGGAUUCGACCCGACAUGCAAGUUUCUCGCAGAUGUGCACGUCUCCGCGGCGAACUGAGUCGUCUGACUCGCUCGCUCAGAUACGGCGAUCUGACUCCAUGGCAAGCCUACGCGCGCUAGCACAUUUAAUCGAUGGCCGCUCGGGAUACUAUGAAGAGGCACGUGUGAGUGAAGAGGACCUGGCACAAAUCACCCAUGCAGGCGUGCGAAGGUUCUAUGAACAACAGAACGAGCUUCUUGAUGGAUGGCGAGAAGUGGAUGAGGUGCUGGAGAGUCAGUUCCCGACGGAAGUGAUGCGUCGUUUUUCGACUCCAGGCAUCACCUCCAGGGUGCAUGAUCAUCGCAAUGAUUCGCCAGGGCAACACCGGAACAUAGACGACCUAGAAGAGGGAUGCGUCACAGACGAUGAGGGCGAACCGUUGUGGUCGCAUGCAUUCUCGCACCAUCCAGUACGUCGUGGACGGCGAAUAAGCGAGCGUGCAUUGACGUCUCUUUCUGGUAUGCUUGCGAAAGAGCGACAUCUAUUGCGUGGCAAUUCGUCUGUGGAACUCGCUGCGGAAAGUCUCCAGGACUUGUCUACAUCGGCGAUGCUGAGCCAGUCAUAUCGUGAGCAUAAGAGUCUCGCAGACCUGCUUGAGCAUCCUGAGAUGGAGAGACGACAGCGCGAGUCCUCGAUGCUGCAAGGGGCGAAGGAGUCUAGGCCCAAGACGCCCAAGCGGAACAAGUCUUUGCUGCGUCGCAUGCUUCAAGAGAACCCCGCCGUCGAUCCUUCACACAAGAGCUACGGUACGCUGGAUGAGUCAUCUCAACUUUCCAAGACAGAGUCAGAGGAAGCACCUACGAGUCGACAGAAAACCGGCGAUGCGUCGAGCACGUCUCCAGAGCUGACAGCCAAGAAGCCAACGAGCGAUCGCUCCUCCAAUAUGGUUGUGUGGACAAAGGCAGAUCACGAGCGUGAUCAGCUCCUACAAAAUGUGCCAACACACCAGCGGAAACAGGACUCGGACGCUGUGGUGCAGUUCUACAUCAACAGUACGUGUGAACAGGGAAGUUUGAAGGGAACUAACGUAUACCCGCAGUCAACUUGCUGA